AUGUAAAGAAUGCACUGAAAUUGUCAAUUGUGAAUGAUUGCUGUACUGAUAUAUUUUCUUGACAUUUACAUUUGUCAGUAAAAGUCUCUUGUCACUCCUCUCAAUACAGCUCCAGAUCAGGACCAGGACCAUUACAGCUUUGGGCCGCCCGUGGACAUUUCUGUUUACAGUGAGAGUGAAUGGAAAGGGCAGACCACCAAGAGCAUCGUCAUCAGAAAAGUCUGUUUUACAUGUUACGCUUGCAUUUUCACUGUUCACAAGUUUAAUGAGAGAGGUCUGCGGGGACAGUCCCUUCAGUCCCACUCUCGCAACAUGCUGUCCCGCUCCCGCAAUAAUGUGCCAUUUUUUGUCCCGGUCCUGCCUGCAUCUGUACCAUAUGCAGUAGAGGUCUGUGCGGGACUCCCGUGGCAGUGCAGACCUCUACCAUGAAGCUUGCCAUUAAUCCUUAUUAACUCUGUUUCUCUGUGUGGGCUAUUCUCCAGGGCUACGCUGUGCUCUCCCACAGCUUUGGAUUCCUCCGGCGGGUCAAAGGUGACAACUACUGUGCCCUGCGAGCCUCCCUGUACCAGGCGCUGAUGCACACCACCAAGCCUCCUUGCUGGCUGCAGCAGAAGAGCAUCUUAUUGAUCCCUGAACAGCUUGAGUCUCGGUAUGGUCUGAUUAAAGGCUGGCUGUUCCCUGACACAUGCAAGCAUACAGGUGGGAUCGACAAGUCUGUGGGUCUGCUGAAAUGCUACCUGCGCCUCCUCCAGAAUUGGUGGCAUGCGGCGGCAGCCUCCCAUGGGGUCGAAGGUCGCAGGAGUGUGUGUGAGCAGCUGUUUCAGGGCGGAGAAGACGAGUUCGGUGUCAUAGAGGCACUCAAGCUACUCAUGCUAGCCCACGCCGUGGACUUUCAUACAGCCAAACAGAGGGGCGACAACGUGCCAAUCAUCUGCUGGCUGCUAUUCGCCCGUGAUACCUCCUCGUCCCCACGCUCAUACCUUGCCAACCACCUGAGUCAGGUUGGCUUCAGUAGAGGCAUGGAGCAGGUAGACAUGUUUCUCCUGAGUUGCGCAAUGCGCCACACCAUCAAGGUCUACCGCCUGCACAUGGCUGAAACAGAGGAGUUCAUCUCAUUUUACCCAGAUGACAGCAUUCAGGGCGGGCACUGUGUCUGCCUAGUAACCGAGGACGACCGCCAUUAUGACGUGGCAUUUGGCAACCCUGUCUGUGCUGAAGAGGACCUCUCUGAAGAAUCUGACUGAUUGGUCAACCAGCUAUUUUCCUGCUGCUUGAUUGUUGACUCAAGUGACCAACGUCCAAUCAUGGCUAACUCAGGAUACAAUAUCUCACAUUUUAAACUUACCCAAUUAAAUAUAUUAUCUCAGCAUCAUAUUUAUGACUGUAUUGUGAAUCCUUUGUCUGGAAGAUUUCCUUUGGAAGAUAUAGACAAGGUAUAGCUCAUUGUUGACUAUGCACAGCAAUGAUAACUGUAAGGAAGGGAUUGUAAAGACUUCAGUGGAUCCCCACGUGUCUCAUACCCUUUUGUAAACAUCAGCUGAGCGGCAAAACAAAUGCAGCAACAAGCAAGUGCCAGCUCUAUCAAUGUGAAAGGUAUACUGUUAUAUAUUUGAAUGUAAAAGUUUUAUAAUGUAUUGGUAUACUAAAAUACACUGACAACACAUACUGUAGACAUAUAUACUAUGAGUAUACAAUUCAAUGGUUUCUACAACCCCUUUUCCCAAAAAGUUGAACUGAUGUGUAAAAUGUAAAGACGAAAUUUAUUUGAUUAUUUGCAAAUUAAGUAGAACCAUAUUUAAUUCAAAUAAAAAGCAAAGCUGUGGGUAACCCUUAAGUCAUAAAUAGUGAAAGGAGUGAAAUAGAAUUAAUCAUGAAGCUGUUGAUGACAUAUAGGCCUAGAACUUGUCAUGUAAUACAUAACCUGUGUCAAGUUUGAGACUUCAAUGAGGAUUUUUUGGUCUGGUGUUUGUUUGGUUUGAUGUUUGUUUUGAAUAUAUUUACACUUUCUCCAUCA